UAUACUCGACGAGAUGCUUACCUCGGCGUCUAGCUUCGUUAUCCUCGUACUCCUCGCACUGUCGAGUGCGACGGUCCUGCCUACGGCCGACCGGUACAGUCCCGACUGGGCGUCGUUGGACGCCCGGCCGACGCCGUCGUGGUUCGACGAGGCCAAGGUGGGCAUCCUGCUCCACUGGGGCGUUUACUCGGUGCCCAGCUAUGGCGGCGAGUGGUUCUGGCACAAGUGGCGCGUGGGAAACGAGUCCAAGUACGUGGAGUUCAUGCGGCGCAACUACAAGCCCGGGUUCACGUACCAGGAUUUCGCGCCGCAGUUCACGGCCGAACUGUUCGACCCGGACCGCUGGGCCGACGUCUUCGAAAAGUCUGGAGCUCGGUACGUGGUGUUAACAAGCAAGCACCUCGACGGAUUCACUCUGUGGCCGUCAAACGCGUCGGCCAACUGGAACUCUCAGGACGUCGGACCUCACCGCGACUUGGUGGGUGACCUGGCAAGUGCAGUGCGGCGCAAGCAAGGAAUGCGCUUCGGCGUGUACCACUCCUUGUCGGAAUGGUUCCACCCGCUCUAUCUGGCCGACAAGGAGUCGAAUUUCACGAGGGCCAUCUUCCCGCACGCCAAGACCUUUCCGGAACUGAGGGAACUCGUGGAGAGGUAUCAUCCCGAUGUACUGCGGACUGACGGGGAUUUGGACGCACCUGGCUCUGCCUACUGGAACAGCACAUCAUUCCUCGCCUGGCUGUUCAACGAUAGCCCCGUCCGGUCCACGGUGGUGGUCAAUGACAACUGGGGUCAGGACGUCCGAUGCAAGCAUGGCGACUCCUUCAGCGGCUGUGGGGGUGAGAGCGGCAGCCUGAAGCAGCGCAAGUGGGAACAGUACGUCAACAUUGACAUGUCAGCUUGGGGAUACAGACGCGAAGCCAGCGUGUCGGACUACUACACGACCCAGCAGCUUAUCGACAAACUGGUGAAAACAAUCAGCUACAACGGUAACCUGCUUAUCAACGUCGGCCCUACCAAGGAAGGUACCAUCGCGCCAGCCUUCGAAGAGAGGCUGCUCCAGCUGGGAAGGUGGCUGUCCGUCAACGGCGAAGCAGUCUACGGAUCGAAGCCGUGGAAGCACCAAAAGGACGCGGCAGCGCCCGACGUCUGGUACACGGCCAAUGGGAACGCCGUCUACGCGUUCGUGCUCAGGUGGCCGGCGGACGAAGAGCUGCAGUUGGAGUCUCUGAACCUGGCCUCUGAAGGCAAGAUCACGUUGAUCGGCCUGCCCGGCGAGCUGAAGUGGACGGCUGUGGAAGGCAAGGGCACGACAGUUCACUUUCCGAAGCUCACUCCGGGCAAGUUGCUCACUCCCGGGGCGCUGGUGUUGAAGGUCGAAGGGUCCCUAUGA